AUGUCAACGUCAUCAUUAGAAAUAAGAACAAAUCAUUUAACACGUUCACCUAUAUCCCCAUCAUUCUCUGAUGUGCCGGGACCACGUCAUGGAAUUUUAAUAGACAUUGCAUGUAUAAUAAUAACUUUAUUAUCCCUAGCAUUGUUUAUAGCAUUGGCCGCGUUGACUGGAUACUACGCGGAUAUUGAAGAUUAUGAUACUGCAAAUAAAUUGUUUAUUUCUCAAAAUCUUGCUUGGUUUGUAUGGGGUUCCGUUUAUAUGAUUGUUGUUUUAUACCUUUGGGUUAAAUUUGUUGGCGUGGCUUGGGAUAAUAUGUCGGAUUUGGACCGUACACACGCAAUUCGAAGUACUGAACUUCAAACUAAAUUUGUUCAACUUAAGCGUGGUUCACCACUUUCAUCAUCAAGAUCAAUUAUAAGAGAUGCCGAUCAAGACAAUUCUGACAAAUAUAGUCAAUCUAAUGAUCGAAAGCAAGAAGAAACUGAUAAUGAUAUAAUAAGUGAAAAAAUUCCUCAAACCUUUCGUCGUCAAUCAGAUUCUUCAAUAUCAAAACAAUAUCAACAAAGACGUUCUCCAUCAUCCCCUUCUCCACUCUCUUUACGUGGUUUAAAUGAUUCUACUAAGCUUCCUACUGAUGAAAAUGUUCUUCAACAAGAAAUGGUCCUUGAAAAUCCUUUAUCUCCUUUAUCUCCAUCAUCCACUAUUUUUGAUAGAAGACGUAGUGGUAAUCAAAAUUUGAAAGAAUGGUUAUUGAAAAAACCUACUCCUGCUAUUCCUAGACCUCAAAGACUUGAUAGUUAUAGGGAAAGUAUUUAA